GUCAUUGCCAAAAAUCUGACACUGGCGAUCCCACAUGCAAGGAGAGUCUAGCUGGGUGACGUCACCGCGGGGCCCUGCCAGAGGAAGCGGGGGGUCUGAGCGGCGCGGCCUCGCCCUGCGCCUCCCCGCGAGGAGGAGGAGGAGGCCUCGACCCCGCAGAUAAAAAAAUCUCCCCUCGUCUUUUGUCAGCGGCCGAGUGGCCGCGCAGCUCCGCGCACCGGCGCGAUGGGCGCCUUCCUGGACAAGCCCAAGAUGGAGAAGCACACGGACCGCGGCGCGGGCAACGGGCUCAAGUACGCGCUGAGCAGCAUGCAGGGCUGGCGCGUGGAGAUGGAGGACGCGCACACGGCCACCGUGGGCCUGCCGUACGGCCUCGACCACUGGUCCUUCUUCGCCGUCUACGACGGGCACGCGGGCUCGCGCGUCGCCACCUACUGCUCACAGCACCUGCUCGACCACAUCACCUGCAACGCCGACUUCAGAGGCGACUCUGUGGAAGUCACCGGCCCGGGAGGCAAGAAACCGCAGACGGACAACCGGAAGAACGAGGAGGACGACGACGACGACGACGAGGAGGACGGCGAGAACGAGCUGGUGGGGAACAACGCGGAGACGAAGACAAAAUCUCCGGCGGGCCCGGACCUCGCCCCCGCGUCCGACCCCGCCCCGUCGGACGAGCUGUCCGUGUCGAGCGUGAAGACGGGAAUCCGCACGGGCUUCCUGCAGAUCGACGAGCGCAUGCGCGCCUUCUCGGAGCUGCGCAGCGGCACGGACCGCAGCGGCUCCACGGCCGUGGCGCUCCUGUCGUCGCCGCGCCGCCUCUACUUCAUCAACUGCGGCGACUCGCGCGGCGUGCUGAGCCGGGGAGGGCGCGUCCACCUCUCCACCGAGGACCACAAGCCGUGCAACCCGCGCGAGAAGGAGCGCAUCCAGAACGCCGGCGGCAGCGUCAUGAUCCAGCGCGUCAACGGCUCGCUGGCCGUGUCGCGUGCGCUCGGCGACUUCGACUACAAGUGCGUCGAUGGCAAGGGCCCCACCGAGCAGCUGGUGUCGCCCGAGCCCGAGGUGUACGCGCUGGAGCGCGACGGCGCCCUCGACGAGUUCGUGGUGCUCGCCUGCGACGGCGUCUGGGACGUGGUGGGCAACGAGGAGCUGUGCGCCUUCGUGCGCUCGCGCCUGCUGCUCACCGACGACCUCGAGGCCGUGUGCAACCACGUGCUCGACACGUGCCUCUACAAGGGGAGCCGGGACAACAUGAGCGUCGUGCUCGUCACGUUCCCCGGCGCGCCCAAGCCCUGCCCCGAGGCCAUCAAGCGCGAGGCGGAACUCGACGCUUACCUGGAGGCGAAAGUCGAAGAGAUCCUGGAGAAGCACGGCAUGGAGGGGAUGCCCGACCUCCUCUACGUCAUGAGGACCAUGGCCACCGAGCCGAUCCCCAACCUCCCGCCCGGCGGGGGGCUCGCCAGCAAGCGCGGAGUGAUAGAAGUGGCGUACAACCGGCUCAACCCAUACAAGGAGGAGGAGCUGGGUCCCGUGGAUAUGGACGACACGUGGUAACGGCCUUACCACGGACGACGACGACGACGACGACGACGACGACGGAACCUUACCUCUCCACCGCACCCGGACUCCUCGACCCGCCGCGGCACGAGCUGGCCCCUGCGUCCCGUCAACCCCGGGGACUGCCCCAACACCCACGCACACCGUCCCCUCUCCCCCCCCCCUGCCCCCCACCACCCCCCCCCC